UCCCCGUCCUAUCUCUCUGCUCGCAGUCCUUCUCUUCCUCAUCCACCUCUGCCUAACCACUGUCGCUCAAUCACAGAUCGAGGGGAGCCAAGGAUGCAGUCCUUGCCGCUGAAGGCCCUGUCCCCGGACGGGCUCAAACGAAAGAUCGUUGUGCGCCUCUCCAGGAUUUGGGAGGCCAAGAACCAAAACACAGGGCAUGUGUACGAGCUCGCAUUUGCUGCGGUCGACCACGAGGGAACUGUAAUGGAGGGCAACGUACUAGCCACCAAUAUAGCUCAGUUCAAGGAUGUUUUGAAAGAAGGUACCAUUUAUACCAUCCAAGGCUUCAUGGUUAAACCAGCUCGUGGAAAAUACAAAACAGUGGACAACAACCACAGAAUCACUAUCACGCAAUACACAAAAGUAGAACAAGCCGUUCCUGAACCUGUCGGCAUACCUUUGGUGGCCCACAGUCUGCAACCACUUUCUAUUUUGGAGAAGCGUGCCCGCAGUGUCACAGUUUUAUCAGAUGUCCUCGGCGUGGUGACAGAUAUGACAGGCGUCAUACCUCCAAAGGGACAAGGACAGCCAAGAAGAAACAUCAAGAUUAAAACCAUUGAUGGCGACCAAUUCACUAUCACUCUGUGGGGACAUCAAGCAGAAAACUUUGAUGAAGAAUCCGUUCGUGCAAGCUCAGCAGAGGGCAGCGUAGCCAUACUGUUCGUCAGCAUGACCGUCGGCCACUACUUAGGUAAACUAUGUUUCAAGGCCACGUCUCUGACCCGCUCAUAUAUAAACAUUCCCAUUCCCGAGAUGUCCGCCCUACGGGCCAAGUAUGGAAAUGAACCUAACCAGGUUCAAUGGCACGAACAAAGCGCAAGGCCCAAUCCAGUUGAAACAACCGUUUCCGCUUUAUACAAACAAGAAAGAGACGAUGUUCAAGGAAACUACUACAAGAUACCGAUCGAGAUCACAGAGGUCGACAACUCAAAAGGCUGGUGGUUUUGGUCGUGCGACAGCUGCUGGAAAACAACCAAACCAAAUGGAAGUACAUUCACGUGCACGGAUGUUGCAUGCCCUUGCAUAGGAGGAACACAGAGAUACAGGAUAAACGUAAAAGCCAGAGAUAUCAGUUACACUCAAGAGGAUGAAGAGGAAAUAGGAUGCUUCACUUUCUUUGGUACACAAGGCAAAAUUCUUACAGGCUAUGAUGCAGAGCUGGUGAUUGGAACAGCUGAAGGAAGACCAGACUAUCUGCCACCAGCUGUCGCAAGGGAGGUUUGGUUAGGCUUGGUUACGACGACGUCGAGUUGGCGGCGGAGGAAGACUCGGCAUGAAGGCCAGCCACCCGGUGGUGUGGUACGUAGUGGUAAUAGUACGCGCCCCGCUCCGAAACAAAGAAAAAGGUGCGUGCCGCACUCACGAGGGACUGCCAGUGAGAUACUGGAGGAAGGUGGGGAUGACGUCAAGUCCGCAUGGCCCUUAUGGGCUGGGCCACACACGUGCUACAAUGGCAAUGACAAUGGGAAGCAAGGCUGUAAGGCGGAGCGAAUCCGGAAAGAUUGCCUCAGUUCGGAUUGUUCUCUGCAACUCGGGAACAUGAUCAAGAAAUAUAUGAGCAAGACAACAUUCCAUUCCGUGUCUCAGCCACAGAGCUGAUAGGCAGUCCUGCGC